UCCUGCGAGCGGGCGGCAGCCGGGGCGCGGAGAGCGUCUGCGCCUGCGCAGCGGCGAGCGCGCUGGCAGAGCGGUGAAUCACAUAAUAUAAAAAUGGCCAAUGUUUUUUGAAAAAAAAAAGAAUCAAGGUCAUGACAAGGUUUAGAAGUUUAUCCUGUGAAAGAGAGCAUUUAAAGAGAAGUGUUGGACCUUAGUUUACAGAGAAUGGAAGAAUACAAAGUAUUGAAAGUACUGGGAGAGGGAUCCUUUGGGAGAGCUCUCUUAGUUCAUCAUGAAAGCAGCAAUCAAAAGUAUGCAAUGAAGGAAAUAAGACUUCCAAUGUCUUUAUCUGGCGCAGAGAACUCCAGGAAGGAAGCUAUUCUGUUGGCAAAAAUGAAACAUCCAAAUAUUGUUGCCUAUAAAGAAUCAUUUGAAGCUGAUGGACAUCUUUAUAUAGUGAUGGAAUAUUGUGAUGAUGGAGAUCUAAUGCAAAAGAUUAAGCACCAAAGAGGAAAGCUGUUCUCUGAAGAUACGAUCCUUCACUGGUUUGUACAGAUGUGCCUGGGUAUGAAGCACAUUCAUGAUAAACGUGUGUUGCACAGGGAUAUCAAGUCCAAGAAUGUCUUCCUCACUCAAAAUGGAAAAGUAAAAUUGGGAGAUUUUGGGUCUGCACGUCUUCUUGCACAUCCAGUGUCAUAUGCUUGCACAUAUGUGGGAACUCCUUAUUACGUGCCUCCAGAAAUCUGGGAAAGCAUGCCAUACAACAACAAAAGUGAUAUAUGGUCUCUGGGAUGCAUUUUAUAUGAGCUGUGCACUCUUAGACAUCCAUUUCAAGCCAAUAGCUGGAAACAUCUCAUCCUUAAGAUAUGCAAAGGGUCCUACAAUCCACUACCGUCUCACUAUUCCUAUGAGCUUCAUUACUUAAUAAAGCAGAUGUUUAAGAGAAAUCCCAAGAACCGUCCAUCAGCUACUACUAUUCUUGAAAGAGGUUGUUUAACCAAACUUAUCAAAAAUUGUCUCCCUUCUGAGAUGACGUCUGAAUGUGAACAGACAUUAAAGGAAACCAAAAAACAUGAAGACAGUGCAGCAAGACCAAAAGGUAACAUUACAGCUGGUGGAAGCUCAAACAAUGAAGCAAAAAAUAGACAAAGUAAAGAACAAAGUAGCAAAAGUAGACCCUUUCAAUGGGAAAAUAUUACCAAGGAUUUGAGUGAAAACACACAAGAACAAAGGAAAUUUGGUGAGGAGGCAGAAACUUCUGAAGUCUCCCCAGGAAUUACUGAUUUGUCACAUCCUCACAGGAAGCAAUGGGAAAAAAAGGUAUCCAGUACCAUAGUGGAUGUCCUGGAAAAUGCAUCGUUGCUUUCUUCCAGUUUUACAUCUGAAGAGAUUAAAGGUGGCUGUGUUACAAACUACAGUGAAAAUAAGCCACGUAAACGGUGGAACAAGGAAACUCCUCAGACCCUAAUGAACAUCCUCGGUAAUGCAGAUGUCAGCUUAGCAUUUCAAACAUACACAAUUUAUAAACCAGCUUCCAAAAAUAUAUUAAAAGGGCCUCUUUCUGAUGGAACUGAAGCAUCUGAUGAUGUAGAUGGUGAACAGGAAGCUAUUAUCACAGAUUUGGAGAGACUUGAGCCUAGAACUGAUGAAGAUGACACGGACUUUGAUGAAGAUGACGACCUAGAUUGGGUGUCGGAACUGAAAAUGAUAUUGAAACACAGUAACUGAAAGCUUGAAUUUCUCUACAAUAACUGAAGAAGUUAUACUUUGUAAUACUACUAAAAUCAGGAUUUAUUGUAGUUAUUAAUAAAAGGAUCGCAAUCAA